AUGAAAAACUUGGCUCUAAUUUUACUACUCUUGGUUUUGGCUAUCGUUUUUGUUGAUGCCGGCCCGAACACGGCUCACAUUCGAGCGGCACGAUCACACUCUCAUGGAUCUCACGGUCAUCAUCAUCAUGGUGGAAGAAGGGGAGGAUGGGGACAUCACCAUGGAGGACAUCACCAUGGAGGAGGACAUCGGGGAGGUGGAUGGGGAAGAGGCGGACGCAGGGGAGGCGGAGGAGGGCACAGACAUGGAGGACGAUGGGGA